AUGGCGAAAACUUCAACUGGUUCUGAAAGGUUUCGUAUCCAGAUUGAAGAGCAAGCUCGUGCUAUAGCAGCCACCCAGGAGCGAAACUCUCAGCUCAGCCAGCAGGCCAACGAAUUACAAGAUCAACUACAAGCUGAACAUGCAAUCACACAAGAGAGGAUUAACUUGGAGCGUGCUGAGAGAGAACAACUUGAGGAGAGGUUAAAAGAAGAGUGUGCUGAAAGGGAAAGAUUGUUGCAAGAGGAGCAAACAUCAAGACUGGAAUUUGAAAAAAAACAUGAUGGCAAAGUUUGUAGAAUUGAGCCAACAGAUGGGAACCCAACAGGUGCCUACGAAGACGGUUGA